UCCAAGAACAAGGAAAGAUUUGAUGUUGUAAUUUCAACACCAUUUUUUUGUAUUACAUUGCAGGACACGAUGACAUCACCUCGGUUAGAGACAUUGUCUAUAAGAGGAGUUGAGGAUGGGGAGGAGUUUGAUGAGGCUGACCAACCAACAACUCUGUACUGUAAACCUGUCACCCUUGAGGAGUACGAGAAUCAGGCCGAGCAGGAAACAGAAAAGGCUCUUAAUGAUUUAAUGGGCUAUUUGGACAUGCAUAAAGAUGAAUUUACAACUCUUUUGAAGAAAAAGAAAAGGCAGGACCUUGAAACUGGCAGUGUUUUUUCUUUUAUGAAGGUGAAGGUAUAUGAUAUGAUCCAUGGAGAGAACAGUCCACUGGUGCGAGUAUCUGAGGCCGAGAGAGACCGACAUCUACAAGACUUAAAACACAACAUGCAGAAAGCUUUUGAUACCUCACUCGAGACUAAAGGUAGGAGAGUGUCCAAACGUUUGGAGGAGAAAAGGAUACGAAAAGUUCAAGACCCAAAUGGAACCCCAUCAAGGAAGACGGCAAAGGGUUGUAAUGGUGUGCCAAUGCCACCACCACCGCCUCCCCCACCUGUCCCUCCAUUUGUUGCAGGAACAACACCUCAGAUAAAAAUACAAGGAAGAAAGCCACUGACACCCAUUCAGAAUAGGCUUAAUCAGGUUAAGACACCUGGGGUAGAAAAGAAAACAAGGAUGCAGGAAUCAGACGAUAUUCUUGGUUCGACUCCACAAUUAGAUUGUUCAUUUACAAGUCUCCAUCAAGAGUUACUGUCAUCUAAUCCUUGGAAAAGACUGAAAUGUGUGGAUGAAAACAAGUCACCAGGAGGAACACCGACUGUGUCAAAGGUUGAUAGACAGUAUACAGGUCCAGUUGAACCUCUCACAGGGCAUUGAUCAAUAAGUUCAAGAAUGUACGACCCCCGAGUCCUGCCGGCAGUCCAAACACCACCAUCACAUCACCUGGCGAAUUUACCCCAUAAAUUACAUCAAUAAUACCAUUUUGAUCAGAUGAAAAGUGUGAUUUGAACAUUUUUUCAAUGCAUCCAUUUUUUUUAAGUUUGAGUUUUCUGCAAAACAUAUUUGGCUAUUAGCUGAAAUAGGACACAUUUGAUUGAUUUUGGUAUUGAAAAUGUUAAAUUUUGACAUUUUGAGUAACAUAUGUAUAGGUAGAGAUGGGAAUUUUAGUGUGUUGUCCUGAUGUGAUAAGUUUUGCUUUAAAGUGACAUUAUGCUCAUUUUUUUCAUCGUCCUGUUGAGCUGAAUUUAUAUACAUGUAUUUCAAAAGGUUGACUGUAAUUAAUUCAUUGACUAACAGCUGAUAAGGAUAAAAUAUAAAUAUGCUUAAAAUGUAAAAAAGUUUGCCCCAGAAUGUUACAGGUAAUAUCUGAUGGAUAUUAACAGAAAUUUUCCUGGAUAAAGUGGGUUUUGUAUUGUUAAGACUUAGUAAAUUAUAAAAUUGAAAGAAAUAAUGGCAGAAUGUAAUCUUAUUUUGACUGUCACUUGUUCCCUUGGAUUGACAUAUUGUCACUUUCACCUUUACCAUGCUGGAACAGAAAAAAGAUUUUACCUUUUCCCUCAGUAUACACUCAGUCAAGUCUGCUCAUCAAUACACUCUGACUGACAAGGUUCUAA